UUCGUUUUUUUUUUUUUGUUAGAAAAAUAGAGAAGUGUAUAUUUUAGGCAAUAAGUUAAAAAUCAGAAUUAAAUGUAAAAAACAAUCAUCAAUAGUGAGACGUGACUUGCUCUUAAAUAGAUGACCUAUCUCUAUCGAGUAUAUUCAUUGACUUUGCGGAUUUUGUGAAUUUUUGGAAAUGACUGAUGAAGGGCUUAUAUGUCGCAUUUGCCGCACCGGCAACGAACAAAAUCAUCCAGUAAUGAAACCAUGUGAAUGUCGCGGCACCAUGCAACAUGUUCAUGAGGACUGUCUAAUUGAUUGGCUUGCUUAUACGCGUAGAAAGCAGUGUGAAAUAUGUAAAUUCGAUUACAAUUUAAGAGUCAGUUACACACCAAAUUGCAGCAAUAUUUUGGUGGGUUGUUUUUCACUCCUUGAACUCCCACAUCGUUGUUUGAAAUUUCUUUUUAAUUAUCUUUUAACUAUGCUGUCAUUUUCUAUGUGGUUCAUAGCACCAAGUAUUGUUAUCAGAUUUAUAGAAUUAUGCUGCAAUAGAGAUUUUGUUGAUAAGUCAAGUGGUUUAGGUGCUAUGAUUACGGAAGCCGAAGUAGGAACCCCCAUUUUAGGAUUUCUGCAUCUCCUGAUUUUUUAUUCCUUUUUUGUAAGCAUAAAAAGUACAACCGGUAGCAAGAGGCAUAAGCUGGAAAGAAUUUUUCGCGCAAUUAGCAGCUUUGGUAUUCGUAACUGGAAGUAUAUGGCUCCUGUAUCUGGUAUUUUAGGCAUUGUUGCCAUUGUAGUUUUUGGAUAUGUACCAUUUUAUAUUGGCCAUUAUUUAUCGUCCAAGGUUAUUCCGACUGAGUUCACAGAAAGUAAUUUAGAGUUGCAAGUACUACCAAAAAUUGUGUUAGGAGAAUCACUAAUAUUGUUGUCGGUUUACGUUCUUCAACGGGUCUUUAAUUUGUUGCCAUGGAAUUUGGUGCCUACAACCAUGGCAUUUGUUCAUAGAAUGAGUAAAGCCAUAUUCAUCGUCCUUUUGCAAUAUUGCUUGCUACCAAUGUUAUGUGGAUUUUGGUUCAACAUUUGCUUGGCACCAAAUUUCAAGGAAAAUUUGAACAAUUUAAUGAAGUGGAACAAUGAAGAACCAUUUGACUCGAUGUUAGUACAUUAUUUAGUUGGUGUAUUUUAUAUAUAUUGCUUGACGAUUGUCAAGAAUGAAGUGAAGCAUACACUACAUCCGAAGAUGAAUAAGUUAUUGCUUUAUAGCAACAUCAAGAUUUGGUUCAGUAUGAAUUUGAACAGUAUGCCAUUUUGGGAAUACAUUGUUAUGAUAUUAUAUAUAGUUAUGGCAACUGGCGUAGUUAUGAUGCUACAGUUUCUAAUUCCUAUACAAAUCUUAAGAACAGGUGGAAUUUUUAAUUUGGAGUGGUACCAAACUGAUUUUCAGUUGAGAUUUGCAAUAUGGGUCCUGCUAUACAUCAAUGACCUCAAAAUUAUUUUCAAGGGCUGGUGCUAUUAUUUAUUUCCCAGAGUCGGUCUACAAGAUUAUUUGAUUCCCAUUGAACAAUUACGAAUAUUUCGUCACAAUCAACCGCAGUUCGCAUUAGAAAUUCAGAUUGCAGCACUGCGAUUACGAUUACCAGUUCCUGCACAAGGAGAACCAGACGAUUAUGACCUACCACCGCAUGGAGUUUUUUUUCUGUUUCCACGUUGCUGCGCAUUAGCUGUACUAUCUCUGAUAUCUGCGAUUGGUGUGACAUUUCUAUUGAUUUUAAUUGACUCCUGCUUAUGCAUUUUACUUGUAUUGGUGGCAAAUAACAUAGCAAAUUUGAUGCUUACAGCCUCAUGUGUUGGGCUUCUUUAUUAUAUAUGUGCACCGUCUGGCGAACCAUUGAAAUAUUUCCUAAACAUUAUCACCAAGACCAGCGUUAUAUUGUAUGGACAUCUGUGUACUAUGUUAAUGUAUAAAUCACUUUUAUUUGCUUCGUAUCUCUACAUAUUUGGAUACUUGCCUGCAGUUUCGGAAUUCACAAUGGCUAUAUUGAUAAUGUCAGAUCUGUUGAUUAUUCCGUUCAUUAUAUAUGGACCAAAGACAAGGCUGCAACAAGCAAUAAACCAUAUUAAAGAAGUUGGACUUGAAGACGUACCAGUCAAAUUUAUACUGACUGAAUUAUUCUCACCAUUCCUAAAGCAUGUCGGAUUCAUUGUUUCCAUACCGGUGAUACUAGUCGAAUUCUUUAUUCCAAACUUGAUUAAUAAUUUCUACCUCGAACUCCACCUCGGAUAUUAUAUCUACUUGGUGAAUUUUGUUAUUCAAAAUUUUCCAGUGAUCAAUUUCUAUAUUAAAUGCCUAAUUGAUCAGUUCAUGAUUUACUAUAAUCGAAUUAAGUUGGAAUAUUUUUCGCGUGAAAUACAUCUAGCUGAGUAUGACGAAGUGACUAUUGAAGGUAACUCGGAGGACCAACAUAUUUUACCACUUAAAGUUUUACCAGAACAAGUCCUUAACAAACUGUUGAUGCCGUAAUUUUGGAUUUAUUAGUAGUAAUAUAAAGCUUUGCGAUUAAUAUUUGAGAAACAUACUUUAACUUUGUUGGCAACUUUUAUUGAAAUUAAAUAAAAUUUUCCGUGUUUCUUGAACAAA